AUGCCACCUUCAUCCGUUAGCAGUGUCGAGGGUGGACGGCCAUACUACGACGGGGAUGUCGAUUUCGACGCGUUGGCAGCUGAGGACGCUGACUUUGCGGCCAUCUGCAAGGUCUCGAAGGACAAGCGCUGGAUAGACUUCCAGGACCCCAAAGUCGUGCAACAGCUGACGAAAAGCCUACUAAAGUGCGACUUCGCUCUGUCUUUAGAACUCCCCAACGACCGUCUCUGCCCGCCAGUGCCUGUACGAUGGAAUUAUGUCCGCUGGAUCCAGGAACUGCUCGACACGACAAGCGGCGACUAUCGCGACCAUUACGACCCAGAACGUGAAGUUCUCGGUCUCGAUAUCGGCGUAGGAGCAUCAUGCAUCUACCCUCUCCUCGCCUGCUCCAUGAGGCCGGAGUGGCGAAUGGCAGGCACAGAUGUUGACCAACAUUCUUUCGACUACGCUCGCAAAAAUGUCGAGGCGAAUGGUCUGGCCAAGCGUAUCAAGCUCCGACUUUCCACAUCGGAUCGUCCACUUAUACCACUCGACUCGAUGAAGAUUGAGGGGUUAGACUUCGUGAUGACUAACCCGCCGUUCUACACGUCCCACACGGACAUGCUGGCGAGCUAUGCUGGCAAGCAAGCUCCGCCAUCCGCUGUCUGCACAGGUGCGGACAAUGAGAUGAUUUGUCCGGGUGGCGAUGUCGGAUUUGUUACACGCAUUCUGGACGAGAGUCUCAAACUGCGGGAGCGUGUACAAUGGUACUCGGCUAUGCUGGGCAAGAUGUCAAGUUUACAACAGCUCAUCGCGAAGCUGAGGGAACACAACAUCACUAACUUCGCAGUGACGUGCUUGCAAGCGGGUUACCGAACGAAACGGUGGGCGGUGGCGUGGAGUUUUCGCGACUUGAGGCCGAGGAAUGAUGUCGCGAGACAUGGUGACUUGGUGCAUGCUGUGCUACCUUCGCCGACUGCGCAGACCAUUCCUGUGCCGCUAAUGAGCGCUCAGUUUGCGGGUGACAGAGUGAGUGGCAUCCUGCAGGAGCUUGAUGUCAGGUGGCAAUGGCGGGAAGCGAUUUUCACUGGAGUCAUGAAAGCGAGGGAGAAUGUGUGGUCGCGUGCUGCGAGGCGGAAAAAGAAAUUCCAAGCAGAGAGGGACAUUGGAAGGGGUGAAGUUGAUGCGAUGCAGCUUGAUGGUGACGAAGGUGAUGCUGAUGAUGAUGAGAAUGUGGCGUUGGCUGUCAAGAUCGUCUGCAAGCUGGAAGUGGUCGAGGUGCGCUGGCUGCGCGGGCAUGACCAUGUCCUCUUUACCUCUUUUUGUGGGAUGCUGAAGCGUGGAUUGACUGGUCGAGCAUGA